AUGACCUCUAACUACCCUUCGUCGCUGCAACAGCCGUCGGGACCUCCUCCUUUGCCUCCGCUUAAAGCCAUUCAUGAGCAUUACCUUAAACGUGAGCUCAUUCGAAUCCAGCUUGCUCAUGAGCUCCGCACACUCGCAGAUUUGCGGCUUUUCGGUCUAUUAGGUCCUCCACUAGAUCCCCCAGACCCAUCCCUUGAUCUUCCUGAGGACCCAUCUGUACCUAUCAUGCAGCACGUUUUCCAGCAUCAUAUUUUGACUUUCCCAUUUAUUAGUGCUGGCCUGGAUCAUAAGGGCAUGCCCACCACGAUUGAAUUUUGGCGUGACACGGUGCAAAAGUUUUUUGAAAUUUUGGGAGCCGAAGAUCUUUCAUCGUCAGAAGAUCGUGAGGAGGCUACCAAGCGUCGCAAAAUUAGCAACAAGCUGACGACCUUGGUUUCUAUCUACAUGGCAUCCGGGUUACAAACUACUAACCCAGACGAAAAAACAUCUAAGAUUUCCGGGUCGGCAACGCGUUCUGCGAUGGCUCCAGGAUCAGGCAAACAUGCCCAUCAUAAUGGCGCAGCAGUGGCAAAAUCUGGUAUCCAAAACAUUGAUGCUGCUGCGCUUGCGCGUGAACUCUUGGACGCGCCAAACUUUAUCAAUGGGUUUGACGUCAAUGUUGUAGGCGUACGCAUAGUCAAGAAUAAGAAAAAGUCUCCUCUUGGUAACUUUGGCGGCGCUUUGGGCAACCUGUUUCAGGUUCCGGACGACCACGCUGAAUUCAUUAUUCGUGCACGUAUGGCCCAUCCGGACCACGACCACUCUGAGGCUGAUGACAGCAAGUACAAUGCCGACUUGCUGAAAAACACGCCUGUGAUUUACGUGUCACGCCGCUUCAGUGAUUUUGUUUCACUGGGAAAUCGGUUGGCAAAGGAGCUUGUUGGAAUUGAACUACCCAACCUGCCAAGCAAAAAUAAGAGCUCGCUGAAUUUGGAUGGCGAGGAAAAAGCUGCAGAUGAAAAGGAUAACAUACCGAAAUCUCCAUCUCAGGAAAACCAUUUUGAGGACGAGGACGAAGACGAGGACGAGUACGACGACCAUUCUCAGGAUCAUGUGCAGGAAUCUCAACAGCAGCAGCAGCAGCAGCAACCCCAACACAACCUCUCAAAGGGGCUGGGAAACUUAAACUUACAGUUUAAAAAGCUUCAAUUUAGCAAUAUAACCAAUAUUGUUCCUGGCAUUGCUUCUUCUAUUAACAACAAUAACACUCCCCAUGCUCCUCCCAAAAUUAAGCUACCUCGCGAGCGCCAGCGGUUGUCUGUGCGGGCUUAUUUGCGGGAUUUGCUGACUGUCCCAGCCGUGUCAAAAUCACAGACUUUUAUGGAGUUUUUAUUUAGAGACCAACUCCGAGGUCUCUCUUCAGAAGAACAAGAUGACAUUGACCGUCGUCGGGCCAUGGACACCAAGCGUGUAGAGGACCAGUUGGAAUUCUUACGUCUGGCAACGGCCCGUGCAAGAGAGCUUGAGACACACAUGGCCGACUUUAAGCAUGAUAUGAUGCAGCCGGAUGGUCUUCAACGGAUUUUUGCCGAGUUACGCGAAAAGGACCAUAUUGAGCAGCUUUCGCCGCGUUUCCAGACAUUUUUGCAAUGGGCCGCCGUUGAGUUUUCUGCAAGUUUGUAUUCCAUGUUUGUUUCAGGGGAUCACUCCGCUUCACUUUUUUCCCAAGUUUCCCGGAUCCACCGCUUGAUGCCAUACUCUGUUUUGCGCGGUAUUUUGCGCUAUAGCAAUCCUGUGGCCAUCAUGAAGGGUGUCAUCGAUUUGUUUUUGGCUCAGCCGUUUGGCAAGCGCUCACUCCUGCAAAACAUCUUCUACCUUGUGCUGGCUGACGAUAUCAAGGCUCAAGACAAGCAAAUUUCUAUUUUGAGAAAGGGCUUGUGUGCCGAUCCUCGCCAUGCUGAGGUAGUGGAAAACAUUUUGAGUGCCUACUUGAGUGCUUCGCCUUCAGUGCGUCGGGAGAUUCGUGCAAGCACGCACAAUGAAGACCACUCGGAGUUAAUUCUGGCUAUUUUCAAACAUAGUCGUAUGCUUAACCCCGAUGGCGGCGUCAUUCAAGACGAAGUGUCAUUAUUGGUAGAGGCUUGGUAUGAGGCCUGGAAUUCAGCGGUUGAGCGCAACAAUAGCGAUGCCCCUGGUGUAUUUGGAUCUGCGGCCAAAUACCCAGACGAAUAUGUUGCUUCUUACACUACGACGCGCGAACUGCUCAAGCACAUGAUGCGCCGCAGCGAUAAAAACAAGCUACAGGACUUAUGGAAUGAGACGACCACCAUGAGUUUGCUCCGUGAUCUUUUUACAAUCUUUUACAGUCCUCUUAUCGAUGUAUUCAAGUCCGCCAAGGUGUACGAAGCUGUCGCAGAUUUGGAGAACUUUAUGAAUGACUUGAUUAAGGUUGUUCAGCGAGCAGAGGCUUCUGUGCUUACACGUGGUCCUAAUGAGAUGGUGGAUGAGUUUAUUGCUUUGUGCAACCGCCAUCUGCCGUCUCUUUUCCGUUUUGUUCAUGACAUGUAUAUCAAUGACAAGGGCCUCUUUUUCGAUGGUCUUUUGAAAUGGCUGACUGACAUUGUGCAGUUUUUGCGCUACGGUACUACCGUUGAGGGCCAGGAGCCUAGCAGAAUUGACUUAAAUGCCAUUUUGGAGUUGGCAGCCGCACAGCACGGCGUGGACCCAUUAAAGGUACGAGCUGAGAUGGAUUCGCUUGUCGAGUGGCUCGAGGCUAGACGAGCAUGGAUUGCAGAACAAUCCCAACAGGCACAACAGUUAGCUAAGCAGGCUGGCGUUGUUGGGUCAAUUGAGAGUAAGGGCUUGAACUGGAACGAGGCUCUUCCAACUUCAGGCGACUUUGACAGCUCGACAUUUGGCAUUGCACAGGAUGAGUUUGAUGCUUUUGAUGACCUGAACGAAGAAGACACUCUCAAUGCUGAUCAGGAGGAGGCCACAGCUGAGUUGCGUGAUACCAACGCACAAGUGUCUGCUAUUGCAGCAGCUCGCAGCAAGUCGCCCAAAGCCAGACGGGCGCCAAGCUGGAAGGUCCACCGCAAGACUGGAUCGGAUAUGAGUCAAAUAUCAGUAUCGAGCCAUGGAUCUGGAUCUACAGAUGGAGUUGUUGUAGACACUAGCGUUGGAGUUGAAGCAGAACGGGCGCGCCGCGAACGGUUGCUGAAGCGGUUACAACUUCAGCGCGAGAUGCCUAAGCGACCACUCAUUACAGAAACGCCUAAGUUACGGGAGACGUUUGCUUUGGCUUUGAAACACUCGUUGAGUUGA